UUUCUAUUCAAACAGUAAUAUAUAUAUUUAAAUUAAUACUUCAAGUAUUAAGAUUCUUCGUAUUAUACUUCCAAUUAUCGACACUAUAAGUGCAUUUCUUCGCCUCCCUUUCUAAGUGUGUUGCUUCAAAAGUCCACCAUGAAGUUCAUAUUUAUUGUUGCGGUGAUGUCCUGUACAUAUAUGUAUACGAAUCAAGAACCUAUAGAAAGUUUAGAAGACGUGCUAGCUUAUAGAACAGAAAUACCAAAGAAAACUAAACGCGAAGUUGAGGAGACAAAAGCAAAGAAGUCACAAUUCCUCCACUUCGUCGAAGAAAAGUUAAUACAGCAUACACAAGCAUUGGAACGUAUUAUAAAAACUACAGCAAAUAACGAAGAAUUGUUAAAGGAACUUAUAGAAUUUUUUUCAAACAACAUGGAUCACCUCAAAAUGCCUGAAAAGAUAUUAGAGAUACAUGAACCAACGAGGAGGACCUCGAAUGUAGAUUCAGAGAACCCCCUACUUAAGUUUGGAAACGGGUUUCCAACUUAUGGAAUCCUAUUGAAAGAUAUAAUAAUGCGGAGGUUUGAAACAGAUGAAACGCCAAAAGUACUUGUUGAAAAUUCCAUAGAGACCCGUCGAGAUAAUGGAAGACUAAUAACUCAAAGUAAAAAUGAUCGCAGUCCGAGUCCGUGGUGUGCCAUCGCAGUAGUAUGCCAAAGGAAAUUUAACCCUGUUUGUGGAUACGAUGACAACUUUGGAUAUGGGAAAUUCGACGAUCUUUGUCAUAUGUUACAAGUGAACUGCUAUUGGAAAUACAAUUUUGCUCUCGUGCCGUCUUGUAGACCUAUAAGGAAAUAGUAAAAUUCAUGACUUCAAAUAUUUAUUUAAUAAAUUAUGCUAAUAAUAAGUUUUUAUCCAACUCCUUGCCCUAAUUCUCUUGGAUUUGGGCAAAUCCCUUCCUCUUCUUUGACAUGUCUGAAAACUAUAAUAAAUAAUUGUAAAACCUCGCAAUAUUACUAUAUAUAACACUAACCGUUACGUUUAUUUUAAAUAUCUAUAAGGAAUACGUUUAUUUACUCUAAAAGUCUAUCACCAAAACAGCUGUGUCUUAGCUUAUAUAUAUAUAUAUAUAUAUUCAUAUAUAUUGUGUUGAUAGACUUUAAUGAGGCUAAAUAUAUCUAUAAGUUUAGACAUUACUUAAGAGUGAGCUAUAACCAACUCACUAAUCGUAGAUUUGAUUUGAUCUAAGUAUUUGAUGUUUGAAUUAAAAUCAAUAAAUAUAUUGGAUAUA